UUCAGCAGGAUGUUACUAAAAGUAUCUGAAAUGUCAGACAUCAGCUUCACCCCCCGAAAAAGUAGGCGGGAGGAACAUGCCGAUUCACAAGGACCUUGUCGACGCGUUCUGUACUGCAAAGAAUAUCAAGGCUAACAUCCGGUCUUCUGAUGUCAGAGGAAAAUUCUUCAAAUGCACGAUAACACUACCCGGACAUGCAGACUACUCCGCGCAAGGUGGAGGUCCAACUAGAGACAUCGCUCAAGAGAAGGCGUCCGAUGAACUUGUACAAUAUCUUCAGGUAUGUGGUGAGAUGGAUGAUGAUGGAACAGCAGUACUCGACACACCCUCUCAUGACGCUCCUCCAACAUACCUUGAAGAGGAGGACUACAAAGAAGAGGAGCACUGCAAAGAAGAACAAGUAGGGGAGGGUUACAACAACACCCAACAACAAACAUUUCAACCACACCCUUCUAGAGUACCAGGUGGGAGAGUUCCACCUGGGCCACCACCUGGACCACCACCACCUGGACCACCACCACCUCGGCCCUCAUCUGGUCAACCUCCUCAACAGAGGUUUCAACAGAGACUUCCUCCACAGCAGCAACAGCAGCAGAGUGUCGGCAUGAAGCGGCCGGUUGAGCAGAUGAGUGGAGCAGAGAACGGAGGGUACACCAUGGAGAAUGCUCGUUCUGGUUUGAACCUCUUUCUGCAGAAAAACCGCCAGCCAACCGACAUCGAUAUACAAUCCAGUGGAGCAGCUCACUGCAUGUCCUUCACAGCCAGUAUGAAGGUCUACAUACCUCGCUUCAGACGCACGCUCCACGCUAAGGAAACUGCUAAAAACAAGAAGUUGGCGCAGAACAAGUUAGCUCUGAACCUUGUUACUCAGCUGUACAAAUGUGGUGCAAUAACCAGCAUGGAGAUGAGCGCAAAGCGUACUAAAGCCACGAUCAAACCCUCACCGUGUAACAUAUCUGGUGAGAUGGGUGAGAAGAUAACGGCACUGUUACACGAGUGUAACAUUGAGGCAGUGGUUGUGCCAGACGUGGUGGAGGAACCACUGCCCCUACUGCUUCCUGAUCACCAGAAUAUCGGACAACAAGAAACUGAGGUUGAGACAGAAGGUAGAGUGAUAGAGUGGUCGCCGCCCUCCCUAGCCUAUGACCCAUGGCUAAGUCGAACUAACGAUGUAGAGGAAGCAGGUCCAAUGUGGAACCCAGACCACAUCAACAGUGCUCUGUUGGAAGAGAGGUCGGGAAAACUGGAACACGAUGAGUUUAAAAAGAGGUUGGAGGGUAGACACCAGCUUCCAGUAAACAACUUCGCUGGAAAAGUCCUAGAACUGAUCGACAGUAGCCGUUGUGUCUUGAUACGAGGCGGAACAGGCUGCGGUAAAUCAACCCAAGUUCCGCAGUUCAUCCUGGAUAGUUACAUCAAGGAGGGACGAGGUGCGGAUUGUAACAUUGUCAUAACCCAGCCGAGACGAAUCAGUGCCAUAAGUAUUGCUGAGCGGGUAGCGUGGGAGAGAUUUGAGGAUGUGUCAGAAAGUGUAGGUUAUAGUGUCAGAUUUGAUUCCCAACUGCCCCGACCAUACGCCAGCAUCCUGUAUUGCACCACAGGCACCUUGCUGAGAAAGUUGAACAAUGGCCUACACGGCAUAUCUCACGUUGUGGUGGACGAGAUUCACGAACGAGAUGUUAACACUGAUUUCUUGCUCAUAAUUCUCAGGGACAUGUUGAAGAUUCACAAACAACUGAAGGUCGUUCUGAUGUCGGCUACUGUUGAUGUGGAUCUCUUCAGCAAGUACUUCAAGUGUCCCGUAAUUGAGGUUCCAGAGCGAACUUUCACUGUAGAUCGUUACUUUCUUGAGGAUACAAUCGAGAUGGUGGACUUUGUACCACCUCCACCCAGAAAAAAGAGCAAAAACAGCAAGAAGAAUCCUCUGGCUGGAGAUGAUUACUGUAUAGAUAGUGACGAUGAGACUGAGGAAUGUAAACAACGUGACACAGAAGAGAAUUGUAACCUCCUAUGCGACACGACGCAAUACAAAGCCAGCACUGCUCAAGCCAUGGCUAAGAUGUCAGAGAGAGAGUUCAGUUUUGAGCUGGUAGAGAAGAUUCUAGAUUGGAUCAGAGAACAGCCUGAACAUGGUUCUGUGUUGGUAUUUCUUCCCGGUUGGAACCACAUAUUUGCUCUUCAGAAGUACCUUCAACAACACCCAAUCUAUGGAGGAGCAGAUUACUGGUUGUUACCCCUCCACAGCCAAAUCCCAAAAGACGAACAGAAAAGGGUAUUCGUUCCUGCUCCCGAAGGAUUCACUAAAGUCAUCCUAGCUACCAACAUUGCCGAAACAAGUAUCACUAUCAACGACUGUAUCUACGUUAUCGACCUUUGUAAGGCGAAAAUCAAAGAAUUUUUCAUCAAGAGGAAUUUGGCAGACUACAGGAUGUUGUGGGCGAGUCAGACGAACCUGGAGCAGAGAGCUGGGCGAGCAGGUCGAGUGAGACCAGGUGUUUGUUUCCAUUUGUGCAGUAGGGCAAGGUACGAGGCUAUGCCUCACCAUAUCAGCCCCGAGAUCCAGCGCACUGCACUGCACUCUCUAGCACUCACCAUCAAAGCUUUGAAUCUGGGGAAUGUUGAGGAUUUCCUUGGUAGUGCACUUGAGGCUCCACCUAAAUCUUACGUUGCGAAUGCUAUCACAGUUCUUCACGAAAUGGGAGCUCUUAGCAGGCAGGGUGACAUUACCCCGAUGGGUCACUGUCUCGCAAUGUUGCCUCUCGAGCCCAGGCUUUCGCAAACCAUCCUUCUCUCCUGCUUAUUCCGCUGUGGAGAUCCAAUGAUAACCAUGGCGGCUGCCUCCUGCUUCAGAGAGCCAUGGAUACAACAGGAUACCAGGAGGAUGAGUUGGCAUCACAAGAAACUAAGCGGGAACAAGCACAGUGACCACAUUGCCAUGCUGAAUGCCUAUACCCAGUGGGAACGGGUCGCUGCUGAAGAGGACAAGGAGAGAGAACAGAGGUAUUGUGAUCAGAAUCAGAUGUCGAGUAUGACGCUUCAAAUGAUCCACUCCGCCAAGAACCAACUUAUGAACCUGGUCCUGAAGAUGGGCCUCCCUGAGGAGUGUCUAGCUCCAGUUGAGUUCAGUGUAGAUGGGAGAGACAGGAACCUUGAUAUCAUGACGGCUAUGUUGGCUGCAGGACUUUAUCCUAAUAUCUGCAUACAUCACGAGAAGAGAAAGUUGUGGGUUUCAGAAACUCAGCAAGCUCUCAUGCACAAGAGCUCGGUAAACUGUACCAACGGUAAUUACAUCUUCCCUUCACCUUACUUCGCGUAUGGAGAGAAAAUAAAGACAAAGGUUAUCGCCGCUAAAACCACAACCAUGGUGUCUCCUCUACAUCUCAUCCUGUUUGGAAGCAGCUCGGUGAUCUGUCAUGCUGACCACGUCUCGAUAGAUGAAUGGAUACCUCUGGACAUGCCAGGACAGAGCGCAGCACUCCUGUGUGGGCUCAGGAAGGCCCUGGAGAACUUGCUCAUGAGAGUCGCUACAGAUCCACAGAUGGCUGCUUGUCCUACUGGAACUGACUCAGACAUUCUUGAAGCAGUUUAUGCGUUGUCAGAUCCAAGAGCAGGGAAAUUCUUCCAAGAUACCAUAAGAGCGCCAGAAUAUUAUGGGGGGCCCAAACCCGGCGAGGAGGAUCAAUCACCAUCUUCUCGUGGUGGUCCGCGAGGUGGCCCCCGGGAGAGUCAGUUCAGAGAGGGAGGCGACCAAUUCCGAGGCAGAGGUGGACGAGGACUACCUAAACGACCAGGACUGCCCUCAAGACCUGGUAGCUUUAAUAAUGGACCAGGUGGUUUCAGAGGUGGAAGAGGUGGUUUCAGGAGGGGUGGUAUCGGUGGCAGAGGAGGUUUUAAUCGUAGAGCGGGCUAUUAAUAUUUAAAUUAUCUAAUUUUUCAUUUGUAUUGGAGUUGUGAAUAUAUUUUUAGUGUGUGGAAUAUAACAGCGUACAGACCAUUGCGACCAUUUUGGCAUGUUCUGUUAAUUUGUAUGUCGAAAAUCAAAUUUUCAGUAUAAACUGAUUUGGACAUCAGAACAUCCUCCAAAUAAUUUUUAAACUCAAAUUGAAUCAUUAUUACAAAUUUAAAGCUUAUUUUUAUGAUUUAACAGUAACACUAACACUGGAUUGUAUUUUAUCAUCUCAUUCUCUCAUCUCUGUUAACUUUUUGGGUUGCUGACCAGUUCUAACAUUUUCGGUUCAUUUUAGUUGUCGCUUCUGUGUUAUGAUUGUUUAUCAUAUUAUAUUUAUUCGUGGUUGCACUGUUUUUUUCUGUUUAAAAUUAUCAUUGAUAAAAGAAAAGAGCUUUUUAAUCCUUCUGUGAAAAAAAUGUCUAAUGUCUAUAGAUAACCAAAGUCUCAACUUAACUUCGAGCAAAAAACCAUCGUCCUUAUGUACAUGUAGAAUCAAUAAUUUUAAGUAAUUAAUCAAUUAUUUCAUCUUCAACCUUACUACUAUUAUUGCUGAGAUUGAAACAGAGACCUGAGACAUUAAAAUGAGGUGUAUAAUUAUUCAGCAGAUCAAAAAUUACCAAUAUAUUCUGUUCCCCCUGCAUCGGUGAAAUUGUUGGAUGCGAAACAGUAGCACCCCGAUUUUAUUGGUAACGUUGGUAAAGAAAUUCAAAAUAUGCACGUUGCAUUUUAAGUAUUGAUCGAAGAAUUAACUGGGCCCAGUUGUGUUGAAUCACGCAAAAUAUUAUGACUAUGAGUUACACAUCU